GGUCGCGCGGUCUCCCGCGGUUCCGCAGCCGGGUUGCCCUCGCCGUUCCCGGGCCGGUCCCCAUGGCCUGGCGUCCUUCCCUCCCGACUCGCUGGGGCCUCCGGGCCUGGCGGAAGCCGCCCGGGGUCCUGCCCUGGGCGGCGCGGCGCGGCCCUGUUCGCUGACUGAGCGCCGGGGGUCCCGACCCCGGGACGGACGGACAAACGGACGGCGGCGGUGGCGAUGGAGUCGGCCGGGCCGCGGGAGUCGGUGGCCUUUGAGGACGUGGCCGUGUACUUCACCCGGAGUCAGUGGAGCCGCCUGGGGCCCGCGCAGAGGGCCCUGUACCGGGAGGUGAUGUUGGACACCUACGCCAACGUGCUCUCCCUGGAAGCAUCCCAUCCCCUCCAGAAGCCUGUCCUCAUCGCCCAGCUGGAGAGCGGCGGGGUCCCGUGCGCCCCGGACCCCUGGGCCCCCGCGGGGCCCAGAGGGCUGGGUCCUGGUGGAGAUGCCCAGUCGGAGGAGGAGGAGGACAUGGGCUCCGGAGCCCCCAGGCCGCCCCUCGCGCCUCCGGGGGACCGCCCCGCACCCUGUUCCUCCGCGGGCCCCGCGCCCCGGGCCCCGAUCCUGCGUGGCGGCAUGAAGUUCUACGCCUGCGACGCGUGCGGGAAGCUGUUCCGCUUCCCCUCCAAGCUGCUCCGCCACCUGCUGAGCCACAGCACCGAGAAGCCCUUCCCGUGCGCCGCCUGCGGCAAGGGCUUCAAGUCCCGCUACGACCGCCUGGUCCACGAGAAGAACCACCGUGGCGUGGGGCCCUACGCGUGCCCGGAGUGCGGCCGGGCGCUCAGCUCCAGCACCGCCCUGGCCCAGCACCGGAGGAUCCACACCGGCGAGAAGCCUCACGCGUGCCAGGUGUGCGGGAAAGCGUUCACGUGGCGGGGCAGUUUCGUUCAGCACCGGGAGCUGCACCCCGUGGACAAGCAGCAGCAGCAGCAGGUCCCCCCAACUCACGGACCCCGGCCGGACCCUGUCCCGCGCCUGCCUCCGGCUUCACCGGUGACUGCGCCCACGCCCAUCCUACUCUGGGCUCCCCCCAGGUUGUGGCUGGUGUUCCCACCCACGUGGGGGGCCCCUUCACCCCUCGCCCAAGGGGUGCGGGGGCUCCAGGUCCUCAUCCCUGCCGCCACGCCUCCCCUACUGCCCUGACCUUUCU